GCAGGGAUCUGUUCUGCCAAAAGCCUCAGCGCCUUAAGUUGAUGUUUUGCAGGAUCCAGAGAGUGAUUUCAAAACCACUAUUUCAGUCACUGAGGCAGCUUUUUUUGUUACGCAGUCCCCGAAAACUGACCUCCAAAAUGGCUUUUCUGUACCCACAGGCGUACCGUGACGAUGCAGUUGUGGAUGACUAUCAUGGCUCCAAAGUGCCAGAUCCAUACAGCUGGCUGGAGGACCCGGACAGUGAAAAGACACAGGCCUUUGUCAGCGCUCAAAACCAGCUGACGUUGCCAUUUUUAGAGCGCUGCGAGGUGCGAGACCUGUUCAAGGAGCGUAUGACUGAGCUGUAUGACUACCCCAAGUAUAGUUGUCCCUUCAAGAGGGGGAGCAGGUACUUUCACUUCUACAACACCGGUCUCCAAAACCAGAGUGUGAUGUAUGUGCAGGAGAGCCUGGACGCCGAGCCCACCGUCUUCUUGGAUCCAAACACAUUCUCUGAUGAUGGGACUGUUGCCCUGCGAGGCUAUGCUUUCUCCGAGGACGGCGAGUAUCUGGCGUAUGGCACCAGUGCCAGUGGUUCAGACUGGGUGGAGAUCCACUUCCUGCGGGUUGAAGACGCCUUGCCUCUGGAGGACCGCCUGGAGCGAGUCAAGUUUAGCUGCAUGUCCUGGACUCAUGAUGGGAAGGGACUUUUCUACAACUCUUACCCCGACCAGGAGGGCAAGAGUGACGGCACUGAGACCUCCACCAACCUGCACCAGAAGCUAUAUUUCCAUGUCUUGGGGACUCCGCAGUCCGAGGACGUGCUGUGCGCCGAGUUCCCUGACCACCCCAAAUGGAUGAGUGGAGCUGAGGUGUCAGAUGAUGGACGCUAUGUGCUGCUGUCUAUCAGGGAAGGUUGUGAUCCGGUCAACAGACUGUGGUAUUGUGACCUUCAGACCACACCUCAGGGUAUUACAGGACUUUUGCCAUGGGUGAAGCUUAUCGACAACUUUGACGCCGAGUACGAGUACGUGACCAACGAGGGCACGCUGUUCACAUUCAAGACCAACCUGGACGCCCCCCGUUACCGCCUCAUCAACAUCGACUUUGCCUCCCCAGCUCAAAACAAUUGGAAAGAGCUCAUCCCUCAACACGACAAGGAUGUUAUUGUGUUCGCCACCUGUACAUACUCUAGCUACCUGUUUGUGUGUUUCCUCCACGACGUGAAGAAUGUGUUGAAAAUGUACCGUCUGAGCUCGGGGGAGGAGCUGAGGACCUUCCCUCUUGACGUCGGCUCCGUGGUGGGUUUCACAGGACGGAAGAGGGACUCUGAGAUCUUCUACUAUUUCACGUCUUUCCUCUCCCCAGCCAUCAUUUACCACUGUGACCUGACUAGGGAGCCGUUGCAGCCCCACAUCUUCAGAGAGGUCACCGUCAAAGGCUUCAACCCCUCUGACUACCAGACCACCCAGAUCUUCUAUCCCUCCAAGGAUGGCACUCAGAUCCCCAUGUUUAUCGUUCACAAGAAGGGCAUCAAGCUGGACGGCUCCCAUCCAGGUUUUCUGUACGGUUACGGUGGUUUUAACAUCUCCAUCACGCCGAGCUACAGCGUCUCCAGACUCAUCUUUGUCAGACAUCUGGGGGGCGUCCUGGCCGUUGCCAACAUCCGAGGAGGAGGAGAGUACGGCGAGACCUGGCACAAAGCUGGCAUGUUGGCCAACAAGCAGAACUGCUUCACAGACUUCCAGUGUGCAGCUGAGUAUCUCAUCAAGGAGGGCUACACUUCUCCUUCCAAGCUGACUAUAAAUGGAGGCUCCAACGGGGGCCUGCUUGUAGCGGCCUGCGUGAACCAGCGGCCGGAGCUGUUCGGCUGCGCCGUCGCCCAGGUGGGCGUCAUGGACAUGCUGAAGUUCCACAAGUUCACCAUCGGCCACGCCUGGACCACAGACUUUGGCUGUUCUGAAGACAGAGAGCAGUUUGAGUGGCUCAUCAAAUACUCCCCGCUCCACAACAUCCGCGUCCCAGAGGGCAACGGGGUCCAGUACCCUGCGGUGCUCCUGCUGACAGGGGACCACGAUGACCGGGUGGUGCCUCUCCACUCCCUCAAGUACAUCGCCACCCUGCAGUACAUCGUCGGCCGCAGCCCCAAGCAGACGAACCCCCUGUUCAUCCUCGUGGACACAAAGUCGGGCCACGGCGCCGGCAAGCCCACCAGCAAGGUCAUCCAGGAGGUGGCUGACACCUACGCCUUUAUCGCCCGCUGUCUCAACAUCUCCUGGGUCAAAUAACCUGCUCCUCCUGUUAAAGUGUGUGUGUGUUUGUUCUUUUUUUGUAUUGUUUUCUUCCUUUAUUCAAAUUACCUUUUGAAAAUGGUUCAUAACAGGUGUUCACAGUCUUUAUAACUUUACGCCAACGCUAGUACUGGAUCUUUUUUCUCAUAUUUACCCAGCUACCAUUGCAGUCAUUUUUUGUUGUCUUUAUCUGUUUUGCCCUCCUCCCAUAGGUCAUGUUUGUAGUCCUAAUGAGAUAAAAGUGACUACACUAUCAGUAACGGGCGUUUAAAGGGAGGGGUUACCUUCACGGUCACUGUAAUCAGCCAAUCAGCAGUUAAAGUCAUGAGGUCGAAGUGGCAAAAGUGUAUUUGGAGAUCAUUUCUUGCCUCCUCUGGGUGCUUCAACGUGACGUGUUAUUUAUUUCUCCUCUGUGCUCAGAAUGGAGGCUGUGGGACGUCGUGCGAUUUCAGCCAGUGUAAAUGUGGAGACAGUACAGUGCAAAUGAUACUGCAAGUCGACAGCAUUGUUGUGGGUGUGUGUGCGGAAACUUGCAACUUUGUGUGUGUGUGUGUGUGUGUGUGAGAGAGAGAAAGAGAGUGUGUUUAAGUGUCAGUCCCCAAAUCUGUCAGACUGAUGAUGAUUUCUACCUCUUGACAUGUGCUGAUUGUUUACCUUUUAAAGGGAACAAAACACAAUGCCACAACGACAAUAAAACAACUUUUUAAA